CUUUGCAAUACAAACAAUAAUGGCGGAAGUGCUGAAAAUCGUGCUCACUGGUGGCCCCUGCGCCGGCAAGACGACCGUGCUCUCCGUGCUCAGCGAGUUCUUUGAGCGUCGCGGAUGGAAGGUCUACCGCGUCCCUGAAGCUGCGACCGUCCUUCUGAGCGGAGGUGUUUCAUUCGCCGAGCUCGACGCCAGAAUGGCCGCACAAUUCCAAAACAACCUGCUGAACGUCAUGCUGCGCUUGGAGGAUACGUACCAUGACCUUGCGCGCGGUGCUAUUGCAGCCGGAGCUACUCAGAGCCAAGUGUUGAUUUGCGAUCGUGGCGCGAUGGAUGCUUCGGCUUACACGGAGCCGGAACUCUGGUCCCAAAUUCUUGCUGAUAACAAUUUCACAACCGUCGAGCUGCGCGAUGGUCGCUAUGACCUCGUUUUGCAUCUUGUGACGGCCGCCAAUGGCGCCGAGCAGUUCUACACGACAGAAAACAACUCUGUGCGAAAGGAGGGCAUUGAGCUCGCACGCCAAUUGGAUGCGCGUGUCGCCGAUGCAUGGCUGGGCCAUCCCUACCUCGAUAUUAUUGACAACUCGACCGGGUUCAAGGAGAAGCUGCAACGUGUGGUCAGUGCCGUGUGCAAGCGCAUCGGAUUGGAAGACGAAGUUCCGAGCAAGGGUCGCAAACGCAAGUUCCUGGUUUCGGCCGUCCCUGAUGAAUUGCCAGUCAAGGUGCAAGACUUUGAUGUUGAACACGACUACUUGGUGACUGCCGACGGCACUCAAGCGCGUAUCCGCCGACGAGGACAAAACAAUCAAUUCACUUAUACGCACACUGUGCGUCGUCCCGUUAUUGAUGGUCAGCGGGUGGAGGUCCGACGAUCAGUCACUGGCCGCGACUAUGUUGCUCUCCGUGCGCAACGUGAGCCACACCACUGCACUGUGCACAAGCUGCGUCGUAACUUUAUGUUGGAUGGCUAUAGCUACUCGCUCGACAUUUAUCGCGCUCCUUACCCUCCGCGGUGUGCUGGUGGUCUUGUGCUUCUCGAGACGUUUGUUCGCUUUGGCGCAGAGCCCAAUCUGCCUCCAUUCCUCAAGAUUGACCGCGAGGUCACCGAUGAUCCGCAUUUCUCCAUGCACUAUCUUUCCGCCGACCCGCAAGCAGCAAGCUCAUGAUUUUGUUUCCACUCGUCAAACAUAAAUAGGGUUGAAAACAAAGGCUUGCCGACCUGCUUGAGGCUUGUAGUGAACAAGAAGUAUAGUGGCAGGCUGAAGAGUACUUUUACGUUUGGGGGGGGGGGUUGUUGUUGUUGUUGGUUUUUUGGUUGGUUUUGUUCAAUAAAAUAGGGUGAAGCA